UUCUUAGCCCACACUGACAACAUGCUGGUGACUCUCUGUGCUCUCAUCACUGCUCUAACAUGUGUGAGUGGUGUGACGGUGGUGACACAGAAACCUCCUGUUUUAUCAGUGAGGAAAGGAGAGACAGCCACCGUGGACUGUAACCUGGGAACUGUUACUAACUAUGUUGCUGCCUGGCAUAAACAGAUUCCAGGAGGAAGUCCUCAGUUUGUGCUGUAUUUUUAUCAUGGCUAUAGUUCUCCAACCUAUGGCUCUGGGUUCUCCUCUUCAAAAUUCACAUCCACUCAUCAGUCAACAACAGAUUAUCGUUUGAUCAUCAACAAUGUGGAGGAGGGAGACUCUGCAGUCUAUUACUGUCAGACAUGGGACGGCUCUGCUAACAGUGGGGUAUUCGGACAAGGCACCAAGCUGAUUGUCACAAGCUCCAGCGUCUCUCCUCCUGUCCUGACAGUCUUCCCUCCGUCCAGUGCUGAGCUCCAGUCCAACACAGCUUCUCUGGUCUGUCUGUCCAGUCAGUCUGUGUCUUUUGCAGAUGUGAGCUGGUUGGCUGCUGGGAGUCCAGUGAGCAGUGGGAUCUCUACCAGCACUGCUGUUCAGAGACCAGACCAGACUUACCAAAUCAGCAGCUCUCUGACCAUCCAGACAUCAGACUGGAACAUGAAUAAGGUUUAUACAUGUAAAGUGUCUUUGGGCUCACAGACUUCAGAGAAAACCAUCAAGAAGUCAGAAUGUCCCACUGAAUAGUCGAGGACCAGAAUUUUAAUGCAUUUAAAUUCAGCUUUUUCACUAUUUGUGCUGUUUGCUUAUUGCAAAGCUGAUAUUUUAGAAAUCAGAAUAAAGAAAAAGGUUCACAUCAUUUGUUCAUUUGCAUUUUCAUGAACAGAUAUUUGCAGUUGUUAUGCAUUAAAUCAAUAAAAGCAUUGGUUUAAAAAUCACUGUUUCCUUGUU